CUGCACUCCUGCUCCCGCGGGUCAUCCUCAUGCCAGCCUGGAAACAAGGGCUGGAUGUGCAGUGCUUGCUACUGGGAAACUCCCUUGGGAAGCGUGUUAGAGGGCAUAGUUCUUGAGUUUAAGGGAGCUGGAGACGCAGAAAAGGCAUGUUUGCACGUCUUGGCCAUCGCCUUCGCCUUGGAGGUGUCGGUGGGGAAGACCAACACUGUGAUGGCUCUGAAUAACUCCAACGUCCUGCUGCCCUGCAUCUUCACCACCUGCAUAGGCUUCCAGGACCUGGUCUUCACGUGGUAUUUCAACUCAACAGAGCUGAUUUACCAAGGCAAGAUAAAGAACAAGGCCACGGAGCCCACCCUGGUGUCUCGCAACCCGCGGGUCGACUUCGUGGGCUCGACCACCAAGAAGGACUACAACAUCUCCAUCGUCCUGAACAAUGUGGAGUUCAGCGACGCCGGCAAGUACACCUGCCACGUCAAGAACCCCCUGGAGAGGAAUGCACAGCACAAUGCCACCAUCUUCCUCACCGUGGUGCACAAGAUGGUGGAGACAGACAACACUGUGACGCUCAUCAUCGUGGGUGUUGUAGGGGGGCUCAUCGGCCUCCUCAUCCUCUUCAUGCUCAUCAAGAGGGUUGUGCUGUUCAUCAUCAAGAAGACCCAGGAUGGGAAGAAGGAAUGCCUGGUGAGCUCGUCAGGGAACGACAACACCGAGAACGGCCUGGCAGGCUCCAAGGCGGAACAAAAAGCACCACCAAAGGCAUGAAGCAGCAGUGCCCCGAGCCCAGCCCACCCCGCGGGGGGAGCAUGGGCAGGGGACGAGCCUUUCCCUUUUGUUUUCUUUCCGAACUGCCAACGCUUGAGACAUGUUUUUCUUACACACGUGCCUGCAACCUGCACUGCUUCUCGGAGAAGGCUUCGGCUGCCACGGGGACUGGGAGCUUCUCGCACGCUCGGACUGGGAGGCUGCUGGGGCAGAGGGAGCCGCCUGCUCCGCUCUGAGCCAAGGCAAGAGGGCAGGCAGGGAAGGGCCCGGGGGCUGGGGGUGCCCUGGUCUGCAGCUGGGCAGCUGCUGUGCCUGGGGGUGCCAGGAGGUGGGACACUGUGGGUCCCAGUGUUCCUGCAGGGUAGAGGCUGCGAGGAGUGGGGGGUGUCUCGCUGGAGGCUGGGGGGGCUGGGAGCUGCCUGCUUCAUCCAGAAGGUUUCUGGAGUGGAGCAAGGAUGCACAGAGCUGGCUGUAGAGAUGGAGUCUCCUGCUGCUGCUGCAUCUCCCAUGGGUCCAGCACAGGAUGGGAGGAAACAGGGCUGUUGUGGCGGGGCUUGGCUUCAGCUCCCCUGUUAAGCAUUCGAGAAACAAAUCGCUGAGAGGCCCUUUGCUGUGCCUCAGGUCCUCCCACAGCAGGGCUGGGGGGAGCAGUGGCUGGGUCUGGCUGUGUCCUGGGGUCACUACUGGCCCACGAUGGGGUGAAGUGUCACAUUUCACACUGGCUUUGCCCCCGUGCAGGGCCAUCCCUGGGGGCAGCAGGGGCUUCUCCCCAGGCAGCCGUGCUGGGAGCACUCCCUGGGUUUGUGCUGUCCCCCUCCCCUAUUUCUGAAGCUCAGCACUCAGAGCAGCCAUGCUCUUGAUGCUGAUGCCAAGGCUGGACUCGUUACGUGGAAAUUUUUAUAUAAGACUCCAGUGGGAAAGCAGCCGAUUGUGUUGCCCUUUCACCCAAGGAAAACUGUGGCAUCCAUCUGCCACGCAGGGAGGGGGCACAGUCGGGCCCUGGUGAGGGGGGCCGGGCCAGGGCUGUGCCACCGGCCCACUGGGCAACCUUGGGCAAGUUGCUCUGCCUCUCCAUGCCUCAGUUUCCCCAUCUGUAAAAUGGGGAUAAUAAUAUUGCUCUACCUCACGGGGUGGUUGUGAGGCUUCCGUGGCUAACGUUGAGACCCUGGGAUGAGAGGAGCCACAGAAAGCCAGAGGGUCUUUGUCAGUGGACUCAGGCAACCCAGCCCCCUUCCCAAGGGUGUGAGACACGAAGUGAAUGAGCUGAUUCUACAGCUGAGAUUGACCAUGUCCUUUACAGUGUGAUUUGUUCCCUGUUUCUCCUAUUUGUGGGUGUCUGACAGUGAAGCUGCAGGACAGGCAGCUCCCCAUCCCCACUCUAAUUUGGGUAUCACAGCUGAGCCAUGACUUCCCUGGCUGCAGGGGCUUGUGCCCUGACAGAGGUGCCAGAGUGGGAGGCAGGCGAGGAUUUGGUGAGCCAAGCAAGAAAGGAAAGGCUGGAGAUGGUGAUGUGGAAGGCAACUCGGAGCCUUUGCCAGGUGCACAGCAAGCUGACCACCCCAGGCUGGGCUCAGUGGCACCCACUGGAGCAGGGUCAUGUGCUGGGAGAGGGGACAGGUAGUGGCACCUGGCCCCCAGCAGGUUCCCUUGGCUGCUGGUCGGAUGUGGGAGUCGGGAUCCUGGUCCCCUCCCUAAGGGUCUGUGGGACCCUCAGGCAAGUCAGUUCUCUGUGCUUCAGGUUCCCCAUCUGUGAAUGGGGGGCAGUGAGCCUGAGCUCCCUCCUGGGAGGUGUGAGGUCAGGUGCCCUGCGUGGCUGUGCCAUGGUCCCGGGGUGGAGGGCACUCUGAUGCCCGGUGUUGUGACCUGGGGUGGAGGGUGCUCUGAUGCCCGGUGUUGUGACCUGGGGUGGAGGGCACUCUGAUGCCUGGCACUGUGACCUGGGGUGGAGGGCACUCUGAUGCCUGGCACUGUGACCUGCCACUGCCAUGUGUGCCAGCCCGGGAGGAGGUGUGAGACCUCCCAGUCACCCCGAGAGAACCCCCGGCCCGUCCUUGGAGGAGCCCUCCCGUGGGAGAGGACAGCAAGGGGAGGGAGGGAGGGAGGGAGUUUUUUUAAAGAACUAUUUUUAGCUGUCCUAACCUGUUGGCCUUUUUUAGCCGGUGUGUGUGGACGCAGCUCCACUUCCUGCCGGAUAUGCAAUGCUGCACUAUGCAUGGAUUACUCCUCUGGCUUGAUGGAAAAAGUCCACAUAAGCAGUUUUUGGGAAUGUAACUCCAUAUGCACACGGGUGCUGCACGCAGAGCAGGGGCCCCGGGGGAGCGGGCUGUCUCGGGGGCUUGUGCCAGCACCAGCAGGGUCCCUGCUCUCCCUGGGGCUUUGGGGGGUCUGCAGAGGUGUUCCAGGGCACACUGGGGGUGUGUGCUGCCACAGACAUGUGUGUGUAUGAGCAUAUGUAAAUCUGCGUGGGAGACACCUGCGUGUAAACACAGGAUGUGUGUGCGACAGGCUGCGUGAUGACUUAACAGCACAUUUUUGCACUGUAGAGGUUUAGUUAGCUUUGCCUUGAAUGAAAUAAAGUUUAUGUUUACUAGA